AUGGUCGCAAAUUCUACUGGGCUUGAAGGUAGCGCGCUAAAGUCGCGUAAGCGCGCUGCUGACUCCGAGUUGGAACCACUGUUGAAACAGGGUCAGCCAUUCCCCAAGCAGCCUCGCAUCAGCUCACAUCUGGACACGACAAGAUGGAGGCUCAAGGACGACGACAGCCGUCACACGUGGCACUACCUUGAAAAUGAUGAUGAUGCGAAGGAGUGGCCACAGAGUUAUGCUGAGAAAUGGUACCUGAAUUUGCCUCUGGAUCUCCCUGACCUACCCACCCCCGACAACCCAUUGGCCGCCGCGGAGAACGGUCUCGACUUUUUCGAAAAGCUUCAACUUCCCAGCGGGCAUUGGGGUUGCGAGUAUGGCGGACCGAUGUUCCUCCUCCCCGGCAUCGUCAUGACCUGGUAUGUCACCAGGACGCCAGUUUCCUCCGCCAAAGCGACCGCGAUCUAUAACUACAUAUCCGCACGAGCGCAUCCAGAGGACGGUGGCUGGGGACUACAUAUCGAAGGCGAGAGCAGCGUCUUCGGAACACUGAUGAAUUAUGUGGCCCUUCGACUUCUCGGCGUCGACCCUGAGGACCCAGUUCUGGUCAAGGCCAGAGGAACUCUACACACGAUGGGAGGAGCAUUGUAUGCGCCACACUGGGCCAAGUUCUGGAUGGCUGUUUUGGGACUCAUGAGCUGGGAUAUCGUCAACCCUGUGCCACCAGAGUUUUGGUUGCUUCCUGAUUGGGUUCCUUUCGCGCCAUGGAGAUGGUGGAUUCACAUUCGAAUGGUGUUCCUACCGAUGGGCUGGCUAUACUCGAAACGAUGGAGCUGUGAAGAGACUGAUGUGAUUCGGUCGCUGAAGAAAGAAGUGUUCCUCGAGGAUUACGCCAAGAUCAACUGGUCAAGCCAUCGUAACAGCAUUGGCGCUAUAGACAAUUAUCACCCCAAAUCAUGUUUUCUCAACGCCGCCAAUUGGAAAGCCGAAGCAUGGGCUAGCAAGCAAGUCGAUAUGGAGGAUGCCAAUACAGGCUAUGCCUGCUUGGCCCCUGUCAACGCUGCUAUGAACACUGUUAUGUGCUAUGCUCGCGAUGGCCCCGAUAAUUAUGGUGUCAAGAGGCAUAUCGAGCGACUUGAAGAGUAUCUUUGGGUCAAGGACGAAGGCAUGUUGGCCAACGGCACCAAUGGUGUUCAAUGCUGGGACACGGCGUUCUUGAUUCAGGCUGUUUUUGAGGCUGGCCUUCACAAAAACGAAAAGUACCGGCCUAUGCUCAUGAAGUCGCUGCACUACUUGGAACGUCAGCAGAUUCGAGAGGACUGUGUCGAUCAGGAAGUGUGCUAUCGUCAACCGCGAAAGGGUGGCUGGCCAUUCAGCAACAGGGAUCAGGGAUACGGUGUCAGUGAUUGCAUUUCGGAAGCACUCAAGGCUAUUAUUCUUCUGCAAAAGGUGGGCGGCCUUCCUGAGGUUCUCGAAGAUCGACGUCUUUUCGACGCUGUCGAUACUCUGCUCCUGUACCAGAACGACAACGGCGGCAUGUCCUCAUACGAGAAGCGACGAGGAGGCGAAUGGUUGGAGAUGCUCAAUGCCGCUGAGGUUUUUGGCCGUAUCAUGAUUGAAUAUGACUACCCUGAAUGUACAACAGCUUGCGUGACAGCUUUAUCCAUGUUCAACAAGCACUGGCCAGACUACCGAACAGACGAGGUCAGGACACUUAUCCGGACGGCCGCCGAAUGGAUCAAGUCCAACCAAGCACCUGAUGGCAGCUGGUACGGAAGUUGGGGUAUCUGCUUCACGUACGCCGGUAUGUUUGCGCUUGAAAGCAUGAAGCACAUCGGCCAGACAUACGCAACAGGCGAGAACUCUAGACGCGGUUGCGAUUUCUUCAUCUCCAAGCAAAGAGCUGAUGGCGGAUGGUCAGAAAGCUACAAGGCCUGCGAAACGAUGACAUACAUCGAACAUCCUUCAGGCUCCCUUGUUGUUCAAACAGCCUGGGCUCUGAUCGGACUGAUGGAAGCGGAGUACCCUCACGUGGAACCUCUGAGACGAGGUAUCCAGUUCAUCAUGGACCGUCAAAAGCCCAAUGGAGAGUGGCUGCAGGAGGCAAUCGAGGGUGUCUUCAAUAAGUCAUGCAUGAUUUCGUAUCCCAACUACAAGUUCACCUUCACCAUCAAGGCCCUUGGCAUGUUUGCCAAAAGGUUUCCCGAAGAAAAGCUGGUACCAAGCUGGGCGGUCGCGGAAAACGGAACGAAUGGAGUGAAGACAAAUGGUGUCAAGACAGUGGAGAUAAAGGUGAAUGGCGCAAAGCCAAAUGGUGUCAAGACCAACGGUGUCAAGGGGAAGGGUAACUAA